CUCAAUUUGAACUUUCUUCUGAAAUUAACUGCAAUCAUUUGGCUCUUUCAUUUCUCUCUGUUCUUUUUAUGAUGGUUUGUCCAUUUUCAUGGCGGUUUCCUGAUAUUUAAAGACCGCUGUGUGUCAAAUUAAUGGUCUCCUGUUCAUAUUUUUAAUUAUGGGGUUUGCUUUUUAAUUUGGUUUCCCACGUAAUUAUCUUUAUUUGUACCGAAAAAUCCCUUUUUCGCUUUUGCUCCGUGGUGUCAAAGUGCGCACUCACCUUACUGCGAAACUCCCUUGGUGGCGCGUUACUCCUACUUCAAGGGUUUUUUAAUGCUCUGCUUUAAAAGGGUUGAAGAAGAAGAUAUAUUGGGUCUACUAGUUUGCUUGUGUGCAAUUUUUUUAUGAAACAUUUGCGAAAUCUGGUUUGGAAUUGAGGGAGAGAUAAUUUGGGGUCAUGGAAGUUCUUCCAAUUUGGGUCUUUUUCACCCCCUUUUUCUCUUGAAGCUGGAAGGAAGCAAAAAAGCUUGGAAUUUGUUUGAUAUUGAGUGAUUUUGAAGAAAUUCUUGGGUUCUGAGGACUGAUUUUGCUCCUUUUUGGAAGAUAUUUGGUUUCUGUUAAUUUUCCAUAAGUUCUUCUGGUGGAGUUUUGAAGAUUUUUCUCUAGUUGCCUUCUCAGUUAAAUCUUCAAGUGAUUUUUCCAUUUGGGUUCUGAUUUCUGUAUCUCAGAAGUUGGUGACUCUUGUGAAUGGGAACUGAUACUACUGAAAAUGUGGAGGCAGUUUCAAAUGCCCAUUCCUUCAAGGUUCAUUGUAGAAUGUGCACUGAGUUAAUGAAAUUGGUUGACCGGGUCUCGGAGAUAUUACCAGAAAUUGAAGCAGCUCGGCCUGGAAGUCCGGAAGGAAGACAGGCAUUAUGCAAUUUAAACGAAGGAAAGAUGAAAGCUGAGCUACUUCUUCAGUAUUGUCGAGACUCUAGUAAACUUUAUCUGGCAUUGACAGGAGAUAGGAUUGUCUCUAGAUGUCACAGAGUGAGGACUUUGUUGGAGCAUAAUUUGCGUAAAAUUAAAUACAUGGUUUCCGUGGCGUUGGCUCGAAAGAUCUCUCAAAUAGCAGAUGAUCUUAGGGUUGCCAAAUUUAUCCUCGACUCAUCUGAAGAAGAGGCUUGGAAGGAUAUGCGACAAUUGCUGAAGCUUGGUGCUUUGCCUCCAGAUGAACUGGAAAAAUCUGAAAUCAAGGCUCUUAAAACUGCUGCUUUGAGGCUUAAUAUUUUGUCAUCCAAGGAAUUGCUGUAUGAGAGACGAUCAAUCAGGAAAUUAUUAGAUGAUGUUGGUCGUGACGAUCCCCCGAAAAAGAAGAUUUUGACAUACCUCCUAUAUCUUUUGAAGAAGCAUGGGGAGUUGAUACUGCAAGAAAUCAGAGAAACCCAAGCCGAUAGGUCUAGUAGUAAUGAAUAUGGGGAAAUUAAAGCUAAUGCGCGACACAGAAAUUAUGCUUCUCAAGCUGAUAUAAUACUCAAUCGGGCCAUCCCCCCUGAGGAAUUUAAGUGCCCCAUAUCAAUGAGAUUGAUGUAUGAUCCUGUUGUGAUUGCAUCUGGAGUGACAUAUGAGAAGGUGUGGAUAGAAAAGUGGUUUCUGGAGGGUCAUGAUACAUGCCCGCAAACCAAAAUGAAAUUAGCCGAUUGUUCAGUGACUCCUAAUGUUGAUUUGAAGAAUUUAAUUAAUAAAUGGUGCAUAAAGUUUGGAGUCACUAUUCCCGACCCAAGUGUGGAACCAGAGUGCCCUGAGGUUUGGGAGAAUUCCAUUGCUAGCUUUGGAAGUUCAAUGAACGAUAUACAUUUACCCAUCGACUUCAGCAAUAUAUCACUUGGAGGUCUUGAUAAUAGUUACUACCCAGAUUUAUUGAGGCUCAAUGGUGGCAAUGAAUUGGCUAUCAAGUCUGGGCAGAGUAAAGAGGAUGAUCAGCAAAGGUUUCAAUCUGGUUCAAAUGCUGAGGAAAUAGACUUGGAGUUUCCAUCUACCAUGAGUGAGCUUUCAUGGGAAUCAAAAUGCAAGGUUAUGAAAGAUAUGAAAGUUUCCAUGAACAAAAAUGGAGUUGGUCUGACCUUAUCUGAAACUGUCUUGGAUCAACUUGCCUUAUUUUUGAAGGAUGCAUGUAAUCAGCGGGAUUCUGAAGCUCAGAAAAAUGGAUGUGAGCUAUUUCUUUCACUUGUGAGAAGAAGCAGAUCCAAUAGACUGAGUGUUCCUGAGAAGGUUUUGAAAUCGUUGGCUAGUUUACUGAAUUCAGAAGUGACUUAUGAAGUUCUUGCCAUUUUAGAAGCAAUAUCUGGCCACCGUAAAUGCAGCUCUAGUUUUGUCACAUCGGGUGCCCUUACUUCAUUGGCUAAGUACCUCGACUCAGAGAUUGAAGACUUGCAAGAAUUUGCCAUUAAAACUUUAUACAAUUUGUCCAUGAACAGCGACAUCUGCUCUGACAUUGUAUCAUUGGGGUGCAUCCCGAAACUAGUUCCUUUGCUAAAUUACGGGAAUUUCUCAGGCAAAUGUAUAUUUAUACUGAAAAAUUUGUGCCACACGGAAGAGGCAAGAAUUUCUAUUGUGGGAACUAAUGGCUGCAUUAGCUCCAUUGCACAACGUCUGGGGAUGGGCAGUCUUGAAGACCAGGAGCAUGCAGUUACUAUCCUUCUUUCCUUAUGCUCUCAACGAGUUGAAUAUUGUGAGUUAGUAAUGGAGGAAGGUGUGAUCCCUCCUCUUUGCACUAUCUCUAUGAAGGGAAGUGAGAAAGGAAAAGCAGGUGCCACCGAAUUACUCCGACUUCUACGAGAUGUACAGGAUAAUGAGCCUCAAGAUUCUUGUGUUUCUGAACCGUCAUCCUCUUACGAGCCCCCGUGCAAUUCUGAGCAAAGAACGCCAAGCAAAAAGUCGGGAUUUCUUGGAAUCUUCUCAAAGCGCACUCCCCGGAAAAAGUAGUAACCGUUGUCUCAUCUUAAGUAGUGUCUAUAAUCAAUCAAGUAUGUAAAUAUGCUAUCUUUAGAGAAGACUUCAGAUAUUGGUUUCAAGGUUGGUCUUAGCUUAUUCAUUUGGCAGUGUAUUGGAAUUUACUGAUAAAGUCCCAUGGAUUUGGACUAAGAGUGUUGUAUUGUAUAUAACUUUAUAUAACAAACUUGGACACCGGGAAGAAGUAUGUUGGGUUUUGAGGGGUCUGUCAAAACUUCGUAAAUUACUAAUAUGCAUUGUACUUCGGAGAUUUGUGGCCCGGAUAAUGAAAACCAACUGUCUUAUUACAUAUUCAUAUUGUAUUGAACGAUGAACAAUUACUCCUUA